UACUACAAAUUUAUAUACUAGUAAAGUAUAGUCACAUUCACAUUAACUAGCGCAUAUGGCAUGGUCAUAUUCUUCUUCCACCUCCUCUUCUAACAAUACACCUCCUCAAGAAAAACACGAAGUGUUUAUUUGUUUUAGAAGUGAUGACACACGAAACACAUUCACAAGCCAUCUUAAUGGUGCUUUGAAAAGAUUAGACAUAAGAACUUAUAUAGACAACAAUCUUAACAGUGGUGAUGAAAUUUCAGCUACGAUUGUUCGUGCCAUCGAAGAAGCGACGCUAUCCGUUAUCGUUUUCUCUAAAAACUUUGCAGCGUCGAAAUGGUGUUUGGAAGAGCUUGUGAAAAUACUUGAAUGUAGAAAAAUGAAAGGGCAAAUUGUUGUGCCUGUUUUCUAUGAUGUAGAUCCUUCUGAUGUUAGGAAUCAAAGGGGAACCUAUGCUGAAGCUUUUGCUAAGCAUGUGAGAAAUUUUGAGUUGAAAACUAAGGUGCAAGCUUGGAGGAAUUGUUUGGUGGAAGGUGCUAAUUAUUCUGGUUGGGAUUGCAAUGUCAAUAGGACAGAACUCGAAUUAGUGGAGGAAAUUGCAAUGGAUUUGCUACACAAGCUGAAUCGAGUAAAUGUUGGCGACCUAGACUAUCAAAUUGCUAAAUUGGAGCAACUUGCAAAGCUACAAUAUCAGUUCUAUCAAAGCACAAUUAGCCUUGAAAAUCUUAACAAGCAUCAAUCAACCAUUCAACGUAUCACAGAACUUAAAAUGGAGAGAAGUGUUCGCUUGCUUCGUUUGUCAUCUGACAUGCUUUCACAUUUAGACAACAAAAGUUUUCCAUUUUAAACUUUUGUUCUAGUGUUUUUGAAAAAUCAGUUUUUUUAUUAAUUUUACAAGUUAACAUUUAUGAGUAUGAUGAUGAGAUUUCUUAAUAAAAUCACGCUUGAAAUUUCACCACAA